UUCUAUCUAUCAUGUCUUUUGACACAGAAAAUUUUAUUAAUUCCAUAUAUUUGGAAGAGUCAAUUUGGAAUACAGAAUCCAAAGAGUAUCGCGAUAAAAUUGCAAAAUAUGUUAGCUGGUGCAAAAUAGCUACAAGUUUUGUUCCAAAUUUCGUGGAUUUGGACGAGAAAACAAAACAUACCAAGAUAAAAGGUUUAAACACUAAAUGGAAAUCCCUCAGAGAUAGUUUCAGAAGAAAAUGUGUUUCAAAAUCAGGUCAGGCAAGAUCAAGCAAAACUAAAUACGCAUAUAGGGAUAUUUUGGAAUUCUUACGUCCUACUAUGACAAAUCGAGAAACAGAAAGUAAUUUUACACAAGAAAAUGAAUAUAAUGAAAGUGAUAAUGAUGAAAUAAAUAUGGAAGAAUACUCGACUGAUGAUGGAGAAGGCGUCAUUGUAAAAGACAAUGUUGAAUCAAAAAAUAGUAUAACUGUUCAAGAGUCAAAUGUUAUACCUAAAACAGUGAAACGUCAAAAGAAGAACUUGGAAGAAGGACAUCAAUCAAAAGACUUGGAAAAUCACCUUGUAUCUUUCUUACAAAACAGAAAACCCGAGGAAAAUGAUCCUGAUAAACUAUUUCUUCUUUCCUUACUACCACAAAUCAAAAAAAUUCCCGAAGACCAGAAAUCUCAAUUGUAUAUUGACAUAUUAAGAACUAUCCAAAGAGCUAAUUUAGGUAAUCAUCAAGUUGCUUAUUAUUAUCAACAACCACAUGGUUUAAGCAAUACUAAUAAUUUUCAAAUGUCGACUCCUCAUAGUUCAUCCCCUAGCUCUUCAUCUUCCUUCUCACAGAACACUCAAUAUUCAAAUUUCCAAAAUUAUCUCCCUUCAAAAGAUAUUCCAUCAACUUUUCAAAAAACCAUUAUAAAUAUGAUGCCCCCUUCACCGCCUGUUGUAGAUCCAAGAUCCGACACACCAUUAAACUCAACUACUUCUCACUUACAAACACCAAACACAUUUACUAGAUAUUAAUUUGAAAAUUUAAAAUAAAAUUUACAUUACAAUUUUUUUUUUUUUUUUUUUACC